AUGAUUAACCAUAGUUUAAACAUUACAAGACGUGCACUUACCAUCGCAAACAAUAGUAGUAGUUUAAGUAUUAGAUCAAUAAUAUCAUCGUCGUCUACACCACUAUUGACCAGUCAAACCACAUCAAUAGUAUCACAAUACAGUAGUAGCAACAACAACAACUAUAGCAACAACAACAAUAGUUACUACCAGAGAAACACCAAACAAGUAUUUUCAAAGGUUGAACAACAACAACAAGCAAUACAAAGCGAUAUACAAGCAACCAAAGAUGUUAUCUUUGAUAAAAAAAGUUUCCUUCAAGCUAUAACAAGAAAACCUCGUAUUUAUUUUGGUUGUGAAAGUACAUGGUUGACACAUUUUAUCAAUACUGACAAUGUAGAGAUGAUAAUGUGGAUGUUGAUCAGAUAUAUACCUUAUACAUCAUAUGAUAUAAAAGUGGAGAAAUAUCGAUUCUCUUGGAUGAACUUGUCGACAUUUGAAUUGUUGUAUCAAUAUAUUGCAACGAAAAAGAAUGUUGGAUUUAUCAAGAAACUGUUUUCGAGUAUGGUCGAUACUAGAUUAUUACAGAGAUUACAGGAACAUAUUGCUCUCAACCUUCUUGCCAAUCAUGCAAAAGAUCAUCCAAUCGAGCAAUUGUAUCGUCCAUUUUGCUAUUCUUUUGACCCGACUUCAAGAGGCUACUGGACAUAUUUUAGAGAGAUUCGAAAGCUUCCACAACCAACCCUCGAGACACUACCCACCAACCUUUUGACUCGAUUCGAUGGAUAUGUAAUACCAGAGUCGAGGGAAUGUUUUCUCUUGGAAAAAGAGAUUACCAUGCCAGAUGGUAAACCACAGGUAGUGAUGGGUAUUCUCGAGAGCUAUUUCAAACUAGGCACUCUCCCAUCGAGAAACCUCUUUUUAAGGGCCAUUAGUUUUCUCGACAACCAGGCAGAUCGAGCCACAUACUAUCGCUUUUUGGUUGAAACGGUACCAAAAAUAUACAAACCAUUCUUUGUGUCGUAUGCAACACUUGGAUUGAUAUUUCAAAAAAACUACCAGAUUGGAUUGCAUUGGAUGGAAAUGGUGGCACCAACCUUUUCAAACUACAACAUUGUUCUCUUUGGUCUCACCAACAAUUCAGAGUUUGACAUUUUAUUGGAAAUCAUGGAAACAUCGGCUUUGAACAAGAGUUAUCCACCAUCACACAAUCUUUUAGCUCUCAUCUCUGAGAGUGUAUUGGCUCACAAUUUAUAUCAUCAUAUUCCAAAAUUACUGUCCAUCUUUGAUUUAUCCGAUGAUCUACCAGUCAACACUAAAUCAAUUUAUUUUGAUUUAUUAUUAAAACAAAAAUUGGCAAGUCAAAUGAUUGAAUUGACAGAAAAGGAUAGACAAUUAUUACUACCAAUAACAAAAAAUGGAAUUGGAUCAAAACAUACAAUUGUAAAUGGUAUGGCAUUAUUUUUGGCUCAAUUUAAAGCGACCACUGGUGAUAUUGAUCAAGAUUUGAAUCAUUUUAUACAAUUCUUUGGAUUUGAUAAUGAAAUGAUCGUAGCAGAGAUUCCGAUACCUCAAUGGUUGGAUAUUAUACAAGAUUUAACAUCAUCACCUAAAACUACACAUAUUGUAAAUCCAUUUAUCAAGAGUACGUUGAUAACCAACAUUCAUUUGGCCACCAAACAAUCAUUUAAUCUAGAAUUUUCUUCACUUUGUUUAAAUGCAUUUGGAGAGGAUUCACAACAAAGAACCAUGUAUUUCAAGACUUUGGUUCGAACGCAUCGAAGUAUUAUCAUUUCACCAGAGGAUAAAGAAUUGUUGGAACAAGAUAAUCCUCAAGACAUUCACAAGAUUAGAUCAUAUAUUGCAUCGACGCCAGUUUUCAACGUUCACCCAAAACCAAAAUUAGAAUUAUGUAAACCAAUUCUUCAUCCCUCACUAUUAGAAUCAAUAGAAGAAAAACAAGAAUUUCUUUUAAAUUUAAAAUCCUUUUUUUUCAAGAAAAUAAAUAGAAAUAGAAAUAAAUAG